AUGAUGCUUGGCGACUUGGGCGCCGAGGUGAUCAAAAUAGAAAAUCCAAAGGGCGGCGAUGAUACACGAGCUUGGGGACCCCCGUUUGCAGAGAAUAAGGAUGCCACCGAUAAACAACGUCCCGAGUCUGCAUACUUUUUAUGUGUCAAUCGUAACAAAAAGUCAGUUACAGUAAAUAUGAAAACAGAGGGUGGUCGACAAAUUAUCUAUGAUCUUGUCAAGCACUGUGAUGUGCUGGUGGAGAACUAUCUUCCCGGCAAAUUGGCCUCCAUGAAGCUCGGUUAUGAAGAUCUAAUCAAGAUUAACCCUCGGUUGAUCUAUGCUUCGAUUACCGGUUACGGUCAGGACGGUCCCUAUGCAGAUAAACCGGGAUAUGAUGUGAUCAUUGAGGCAGAAGCUGGUCUGAUGCAUAUCACUGGUGAACCAGACGGAAAGCCAGUCAAAGUGGGCGUCGCAAUUACUGAUUUGACUACCGGUUUAUAUGCACAGAGCUCUAUUUUAGCUGCGCUGAUCAAACGUGGCAUCACAGGUCGUGGUCAACGAAUUGAUUGCUCAUUACUUGAAUCCCAAGUAGCUUCAUUGGCAAAUAUCGCAUCCAAUUAUCUGAUUGGUGGCAAAGAAGCACAGCGUAUGGGUACAUCGCAUCCUUCCAUUGUUCCUUACCAAGUGAUGCCUACAAGAGAUUCGUUUGUCAUGAUUGGAGCAGGAAACGAUGGUCAGUUUGCCAAACUGUGCCAACGCAUGGGCAUGGAGCAUCUUUUGCAAGAUACCCGGUUCAAGACCAACGUAGAUCGUGUGCGUCACCGUGUAGAACUGAUUCAGGCAUUGGAAGAUCGACUAACCCAGGAAGACUCAUCUUAUUGGCUUGAACAACUCAACGGAGGCGGCUUCCCCUUUGCUCCCAUCAAUAACAUCCAACAAACGUUUGAACAUCCUCAACUCAUGGCACGCGGUUUAGUCCAGGAAGUGGAGCAUGAAAGAGCUGGAAAAAUAAAGCUUGUUGGGCCACCUGUAAAAUUCAGCGACUUCAAGCCGACGAUCCGACUUCCGCCCCCUGUGCUUGGAGCCCACACAAAUGAGAUUCUUACCGAUGUGCUAGGAUAUACGCAAGAAAGUGUGCGUUCUCUGCGCGAUAAUGGUGCGAUUGGAGAAUAA